GUUUUUUUUCUUUUAUUCUGAACAGCUUUGACUUUUACCUUAUUAUUUCCUGCCAGAGCGCAUCUAUGUAUGGCAGCUUAACGGAAGCGUAGUGGCUCAGCCUGUAGAACCGCCCCACCGGGCUUUCACUGUUGCGAUUAGUCGAGGACUAACGUACCUUUCACUUUGGCAGUCAUUGAUUGGUGAUCCCCCUGUCAGUCAUCUGCGAGUUGUGGGCGGGCUCAAGGCCAAAGUUUAUUUGAGAUCAACAAUCAACGUCGGUCAAGGAACUGCUUCUCACGCGAGGAAGGAGGGACCCAACGCCUCACGUAUCUCACUUAAUGUCUGUUCUAUGCCUUACAGUCACUAUGUACGUUUCAGUGGUAAGUCCGGCUCGGUCCGACAACGACCCGCACAGUCAUUAAUAGUGUAAAAUAACCAGGUAAUCUCCAAUAGUUGUGCAUAAACGAUAGUUUAUUUCUUCCCCCUGGCUUUUCCCGCCGACUUCAUGUCUAAGAUCGUCCAAAGAUAAGUCCUCCCACUCAGUAGAAAAAUAUAAUGGUUAAAAAGUGAAGGCUGACUGAACAAUAAGAGACAGUAGUGAAUAAACUUUGAGGUUUGUAUCAAGUUAACACAAAUGUCUCUGCACAUCUGAAUGAAUACAAAAUACAUUCUAAAUUAUUUGACAAACUUAAGUAAUCACAGUUUUUUUGUGUCAGAUUUUUGAAGUUUUUCUUAGUAAAUCAAGGCGGAGUGAGACCCCUCUCACUCUUUAUAUCUUUAGCUAAUAGAUAUUGAGUGAUAUUUCAUUUGGCAUUUUUGGUGUAAAUCCCUUUAAAGAUAAAUUUCACUUGAUAAUUACCUUUAUUACAGUGCUGUGUAAAUGCGUUUACUAGACUGGUGACCUAGAUAUAAAAUGUUAAAAAAUAAACAUUUGGCUUAUUAGCUUAUUUCUCACCACUUAGAUUCCUGUUAGCUUGUUUCUGCUAAGGUUACGUAGCUGUUAGCAGAUCAAGAUUUUCAGAACAAAAAGGUUAGUGACACAUAUUUAGGGCUUCAACUGAAUAUUUUAAGUAUUGAGUACAUUUGUGAUGUUAAACAUUUAAAAGUAGUAAAUUUAUUUUAUAUUAAAUUAAAUAUAUAAUUAAACAACUUCUAGAGCUGCAGAAUUUUGGAUGCAAACACACUUUCCUCUGGCCUCUCAUAAUGGUUCCUUGGAGAGUUCACAAAUGGUUAUCAGCCAUUUACAACUACAGUAUAACUCAGUCAUUAGACUAUUAACCCAUGAAUGCCAGUGAUCUGUCCGUUCGUCAGACUGACACCGUUACUGAGUGGUAGUUAAUGUGGUUGAGGGAACCGGUGAUGUCUGCAGGAUGAGUGGAGCAGUCCAGCCGUCGUUGUUCUUCCUCAGUCUUCCAGACCUCAGCAAGAUGGUCAGUGUCACACUGAGUCUGCAGCAGGAGGAUGAAGAGUCGAGGAGCUCACAGCUCAAGACCUGCAGUGUGUGUCCACAGGGAGCUGGUGCUGCUGUACUCUGAUAUUUUGGCCUCUCCUGCUCUGGACUGUUUCACUGACAUCACAGUGGUCAUGGCAGUCUCGUUUUUCCAGAAAGGCAUCGUCCAGGUGUUUGCACAGAGGCACAGUCUGCAGCUGGGCUCUCCACAGUGUGUCCUUUCAGGUGUCUUCCAGUCUUGCCUGUCCUACUCUCUGGUCACCAGACUGGCUCCCAGAUGGAACAAAGCAGGACCCUACCUCAUCUCUGGAAAAAACUUUGUGACCGACAGAGGGAGGAUGAACGCUGUCAACAUGGAGCUGAGCACCAGGGAGGGUCAACUCUGCUUCUGCAUUGAGGCCAGCAGUGUCAGAUUGCCACCGACCACACUGGAGGACUUCCACCUCGCUCCACCAGUGCUGAGGAGCUUCUGUAGUGACCCUCUUUCUAUCCUUGAUCCUUCCUCCACUGGGGGAACCAUUUGGUGUCACGUCCUGCCCAGUAUGAAGAAAGGUCAGAUCAUCACCAUCAACCGUCAGCUCCCCAGAGACGGACCCUUUAGAACCUACAAAGAACUGCAGAACCACUGGAACUCCCUGUACGGUUACAGGCUCCCUGACUUGGCGGAGGAGGAGGUGGUGUACUGCAGCAUCUACUUUAAGCUGGUGGGAGACCGACUCUUCACCUACCCUCUGAGCUGCAUCCGCCUGCAGCCGGUGCAGCGCUGCCCUCAGGUUGACCUGCAGCAGACGCUGGGCUCCUUCCUGUCUGACGUCAAGGUCCAACUGCCGAGUGUGUGUGGCUUCCCUGCACAUCUGACCAGUAAACCCUUUUACCACACGGUUGCUCUGAACACGGCUGCAACAGUACGGGACUUGAGUGGUGAGCAGGUCAAUCUGACCCCCUCCUCCUCCAUCAGACUGGUCCUCACCCAGCCCCCUGCUCCUCCUCCUCCUCCUCCAGUUUUUGCCUGGAGCUCCAUGUCACAGCCACACCCAGCUCAGGGGCGAAGGCAGCGGACACUGUCAUCUCCCUCCUCUACCUCACAUGCUGUUCAUUCCUCAGGAUACCAGUCGGCUUCAUCCCUCACCUCCUCCACCUUCUCCUCUUCAGUUUGUUCUCCUUGUCCUUUCCCAACACAGACAUGGAUCAGUCCUGCUUCUAAAGUGGUUCCUAUAUUCAAGAACAAGUUUCAGUCCCAUCAUGUUAACAUCGCCCUGCUGCGAGUCCAGAAGCAAAGGCAGAAUGAAGGAAUGGACAGAAAAGGGAGGGUGACGAUCCCAACCGUUGGAAAGAACAAACCCACAGCUUCUUCUGCAUCUUUCACCGUUCUUCCUCCACCAACCAUUUUCAGUUUCAAACCUCAGCGCAGCACUGGUCCUCAUCCAUCAGCUGAUAGCAAACCCGAGCCAGUCCUUAGCCUUAGCCCAGAGUCAAAGUGUAACUUCUCUUCACAGCUGCAGAUCAAGUCUAAAAACAAGGAAAAAACAAGCCAACGGCCAGCUGCACAACAUGAAGUUCCUCAUCUGCCUUGCUCUUCUAAUGUCCCCAGCGAAGGAGUUUUAUGCGAGUCAAAGGUCAAAAAAUCCAGAGCUGUCGUACGAGGUGUGGAUGUGGAGCAAAUGGCCAGAAGCCACCAGUUGUCUGAGGUGAACUCUGCAACUCUGCUGGCCUGGUUGAAAGAAAGAGGUGUGCUCGUUAGUGCCAAACACAAGAAGGAGGAGCUGAUGCUGAAGGCGUAUCAAUUCUACAGGAAGAAAGAUUUUCUUCAGCCAAGAUGUUUCCUCAGUAAAGGAACAGCAUCAGGGGCCGCUGCUCUGAACUCUCUGAACUGACAAAAGCUAAGGUUUCUGAUUUAGUUUUAAGUGAAGAGAAAAGGCCAAACUCAUCUUCCUGGGCUGCAGGAUGUGAUCUGUGAGGAUCCUCACCAGCACGGCAGGUUUUAUUGAUCCCUGGUCAGACUUUACACCGAGCAUCAGACACACUGAGCAGCUGGAGGAAGUUUCUCCAGGCUGAAGAUACAAUUACGUGAGUCUGGGGCUACAGAGACCUCAGAAGGUCACAGGGGGAAUAUGUUUUACUCCCUUUUGCAGUAUCGGCAUUGCGGUGCUUGGCCGUGGUCUGUCCUCAGACAGCUGUGUCCUCCUCACAUUACAGGAGUGGACCUGCAGGUCUCACUUCAGCAGGCCUCAGCUUGUUACUGGAUGCAGAGUGAUUCAGCUCGCUGUUGUAAUGAGGACAUGCUCUGGGCUGUUUCCUAGAGGAGCUGUGAUCGCAGCCUCAGCAGCCGUUCCUUCAACAUUGGCUUGAGAGUGCUUGCUUUCUGUCUAUGAUCGUAAACAAGAACACAACCAGGGUUCACAUAUGGUUUAAACCAUUGUUUCCAUUUUCUAUAGUGCUCACAUUCACCAUCAAAAACAUGGGUUAGAUCUCUCAGACUUCUUACAGCGUAAUAACCGGAAGUCCCAGAGGUAAAAACUAAGCAGAGCUCUGUGCUUUGUUUAGGAGGUGCGUGUGUAAUGGUGAUCAUGUCAAGUUAUAAGUUUUUAGCAGUGGAGCAAGAAUAAACACGUUUGCAUCUGAGCAACCUGCUGCUCAACAAACCCAUCCAGUCCAACGUACAGACUGAAGCUUUCACCAUAAGUGAUGAGGCUCUUUGUCCUCCUCAGGCCUGGUCUGUGGAGCAUUAGCAUGGAGCCCGAAGCCACUGUAAUGUUACACCAACAGUUAGUUUGACCCUCUGGCCUCUCGGGGUCAGGGGUCCCUCAGGUAAGUGCCUCACCAUGGUUCUCUGCUUCCUAAAGAGCCAGAAUCUCCCCCAACCCACACCCGGAACACGACACGUUUGACUUCAGGACAUUCUUACAAAAUAGGCUGCAGAUGGUGAAACUUCAUUCUCCAUGCAUCUGAUGUCACCUCGGUUGGUUUUAAGGCUUGUAGAGUUGGGCCCCACUGAAAGCUCACCCAUCCUAAUGACUUAGAAUAAUUGCUGUAAACACUGAGAACCUUAAGGCUUUCAGACUUUUCAGGGUUCCUCACAUCAUUUAAUACGUGAGAGGGGACUGAAAGCUUCAGGCUACGUAAGGUUCUGACACCUCUAAUCUUUUUCAUCAUGACUAUGUGUUUGUCCAGCUGACAGAUCGAUAGGACACCUUAAUUCCAUCCUGUACUUGUUCAUCAUGCUGAAGGUGAAGUCGGGGUUUUGAGUCGGAGCUGCUGGUUCGAAUCAGCUGCUGGAAAAUUGAUUGGCCUCAGAGAAAGUGAAGCGUGUUUGCGUUUCACGGUGCGUGGCCUCGCUGGCUGACGUCAGUGUGCCUGCGGACCCGCGGCCUUUCUGUCUGUGGUAAUUGGCGUUGGAGAAGUUGGAUCCAGAUCCUGAUCAAAACGUGACCUUUCAGUUUGUCUGUUCUGGUCCUUGUUGUCUCCAGCUGACCCUUGUGUGUUGUGCAUUGUGUGCUGCUCUCCUGCCUUAGCAGUGAUUCUCUGUUUAAUAUUUUACUACAGUAGUACGUGAACUCCUGUUAAAGCAGUGGUUUUGUGUUCUGGCUUUGCAGUGAUUUUCAGUUACUGUGUCUGUUUGUACUUGUUACAUUACAAACAUUACUCUACAUUUAUUACUUCAUCUUAGCUCAUCAUUGUUUCAUCUGCAAUAAGAUACUAGAAACGUUUGAAGCUGCAUAUUUGUGACAUGUUUUUAAAGUAGUGAAGUGUUGAUGUCUGAAUCGGUCAAACUGUGAAGCUCUGCUGGAAGUUGCGAGGAGCAGGGCUCCAUCCUGCAGGUUGCCUGUCGGCUGCUCUGUGAUCAGAGAAGCAGCAGCGUCUGCGGCCAGACGCUGUGAUCCCUCAACCAGGACAGACUUACCUGUGGUAGGUUGGAAUUAGGUUUAUGUUAUGUUGACUGGUUUCACCGUGCUUCGUUGAAGUCUCCAACCUGCUCAGACUUGUUCUUCUGCUGUGCAAUAGUGACUCCUUGGUCGACUGGAGGCAGCAGGAUGCAGAGACUUUAAUGUUCCGUGGUCCUUCUCUCUCUGAGCUGAUUGCUCCCAGUUCAGACCUAACACAGUGUGAAAUUAGUUUCUAAAGAACCGAACCAACAUGUCGUUUUAUCGCGGGUCCUUUAAUUGAACAGGAGCAGAACAGGGAGUGAGUCAGACUUUUAAUAGAAACUAGGCAGAUGAGUGAAGCUCCUAUAGAGAAGAGUGGGAGGUUUGGGCACACACAGAGCGUCUGUUAAUGGGAACUGAGCAAAGUGACUGUACUUCAUAUGUAGUGACUUAUUAAAUCAGUAGCGUGAAGCUCAGCGUGAGUCGGUGCCAGCCUGAUGGAGGAACAGACUGAAAGGGUUCUGAUGAGGUGGACUUAGCCAAUUCCCCUACCUUGUCCUUUCUGUGAUUCAGAUCGAUACGUAGAUCGUUAUCUUCCAUUCAUCUGAAGUGAUCUGAUGUUUGUCUAUGAGCUUCUGUGCUCAGGUUAAUGAAUCAGCUUCUCUCAGGUCUCCAAUAGAUGAAGCUUUAAAACCCAGAUUGUCUCAGGAUGAACUGGUGUCAGUUUGAUGGUUCCAUAGCCGUGAAAUCAGAUCAGUCACAGGAUGUUGAAAAUGAAACAAAGCCUUUAGAAUCACGGCACCAACCUUGUUUUCUUUGUCUUUUGUAUUUAGCUACCUGUGGGCCAUAAACCCUAAGGCCUACACCUUCUUCCACAUCUUAGCCUUUUGAUGAUGUUUUGAUAGAAUUGAACAGCAGGAACGGAUGAUUUAUCUUCACGCCAGGAUUGAACACAGUCCUCGGGUUUUAGAACAGCUUGUGCGUAUUGGAUGUCAUUCAAAAGGAAUUAAAGAGUCGCCUGCAGCCUGUGGACCUUCUCUUGGCAAAUGUGGUGAAUUCCAAAAGCAGCAUUUGAACCUGUCUCCUCCUGCACAAGGUCGUACAAGUUCCCACUGGCUUUGUUGUUCCUUCAGACUACAUCCUAACCCACACAAGCGGCGCCAGUCAGUGACAUAACAAUGGGAGAUUCUGCUGCUGCUGUGGUUUAAAGUGGCAAGAGCUGAGUGACACUUCACCCACCUCUGUUUGUAGACCUCUCAAGCAGCUGAUGAUGUUCAACAACACUACUGUGCUUGGAGCUGUCUGUAACAACUUGGCCUCAGGACCAUCUCUGUGGAUCACGUCUGGACAUUGUAAACGUAUACGAUCACAUGACCGCGUUCUGUGGUCCUCGUCAUCAAGGAACCAGGAACGAUUCAUGAACAUGCAGCUGACCCAGUUAAAUCCUGAUGCAUUUAGGAUUCCAGCUCGUGAGGCAUAUGUUUAUGGAGACUUUUUAAAAAAAUGAACUAAGGACUGACCACAGCCAAGCACCGCAAUGCAAAACUUCUGCCGAUACUGUAGAUUCUUCUUCCCUAAUAAAACAUAUUUAUUAUAUACGUAUUACAUUACAUACAUAAAAAAUAGAAUUUCAAAUGAUUAGCAAUUCCCAUUGAUCCCACUAGGUGUAUGUCCACUAAGGUAAAGGUCAGAUGUAGUGAAUAUAAUUAUAAUAUUCAGUGUUUUCUUACGUUAUGUAACUUAAUGGCAUAACCCUAACCCUGACUGAAAGACUUACAUUAAAUGUGACUUCUUCCCCGCAACCUCGCAUACGGGAUUAAGCGGUAGAAAAUGAAUGGAUGGAUGUGGACUUCUUACCUGGUAAUGUGAUAAAAUUACAUGGAAAAUGUACAUGUAAUUAAAUUACAUAAAGUCCAAGUUUUAGACCUGAUUAUGGGUUUGACUGUGUUUUUGUCUACUUGCAGUAGUUCAGCCAGUAAUUCCCUGUGCUGUCGUCAGGUGUUCGCUCCUUCCUCUGCCAAACUCUUGAUUUCUCCAAAUACAGUUUGCAUGAAUCUGGGAAUCUUAUGGAAAAUUCAUCUGCUUUCACUGAAGUGAAAUAAGCGAAGCAGACAGGAGUGCAGGCCCAGAAACAUCCACCUUGGCAGAAGACAGUGAAGAAUUCAAAGCAGCACAAAGCAGAUUUGCAUGUUGGCAGCAGAUCUGCAGGAUGAAGUCACUGCUGGAAACCCAGACCUGCUCUGAGGCGUCUAUGUCCUGAGAAAGUAAAGAGAAGCAAAAGAUCUGUGAAGGGUUUGUUUUAGUAGGACACGCUAACCCACUGCUCUGCUUUCUAAGAGGCAGCCUCUGAAUUUGAAACCUUGUUUUGUAGAGUCUGUGCUGGUGCAAAUGAGGAGAGUAGAGUGCUGCCAGUUAGGAGCUCACACGGUGCCAGCAGAGCCCUGGGCGGCUUCCACUCGCUCUGUCGCUCCAUCUCUUUCUUAAAUGUCCAGGAAACGGUCUGAGUAGAAUUACUGCACAUCAGGGAAGCAUUAGAACCUCAAGCACAUUUCUGCACCUGUAAUAUGAGGCCUUGGCAGCCAGACACAAAGGGGGAAACGGUCUGACUCUGUCUCCUCUGGACGCGUGUGUUGGUGUUGUGUUCGUAGUGUAGGACGGAUGUAAAGGUCAAACCCACGUGGCGCCUUCGUUACUACUAAGAGGACGUACAUCUGGGAACGUUGGUGUUUUAAUUCUACUGAUGAUAUUGAAGCAGUUUUCCCUCCUUGGUGUGUUGGUGUGUAGUUAAGCAGGAAGUCGUAUUUAAAAUCUGCACACAAAAGUCUAAAAACCAUUACACACUUUAUUAUGAUAUGAAACAGACCCUUGUUACUUUUAACAGAAGUCUGACCCAGACCAGUCGUUGCUGACCCAUGAGCUCCAGUUGCUGCAGAUGUAAACACUAGAACUAAUAAGUUAAUGCUGUGGUUGAAGGACAGUCGGCUGCUGAACUCAACUGUCUGACAUCUUGCUUCAUAUAGUAUUUGGUGUAUAACACAAUGGUACUGCUAGUUUCACAUGGAAUCAUACAUAUUACUGUACAGCAGCUUCCAUCCAAAAGUGAAGAUUAUCUCCUUUUAAAAACUCCCAUCAAAUGACUGAAAACAUGGAUGUUAAAGACACAGACGUCACCAGGUUGCUACUGGCAGCUGAAUGACUCUCCUUAAAUGAGAGGGUUUCAAUCUCACUGAGAUGAACUGCUUUCCAACAGGAAGAAGACACCAACGUGCUGCUUCUCCGAUGAGAGGACAGUUAAGGCAUUUGUGAGUUAUAGUGAGUCACAUGAUCAAACUGAAGGAAAGGCCCUGGACACGGUAGAGAAGCUGCUGCCACUGUGUCCUGUGGAUGUGAACACAUAGUACUUCCACUGAGUCCAGUCUUUGCACCAGAUGCUCAACAAACUUCAUCAA